AUGGUGAAACCUAAGACUCCAACUCACGAAAUAGUGCGGAGUGGUGGUGUUACCAGCCCUACUCCAAGUUUGAGACAUAUUUCAACAACAAGAGUUAAUGUAGAAAGGGGAAAUGCUGCCGCGCCGAUGUCGACCCAAAGUUCUACCACUGCACAAACCGCAGGACAUGCAAAAAGUGCGUUCGACCAAAGGUCCAUACAGGACAGUGUGACACUAGAACUGUUGCAUCCCUCCAGUAAGAAAGCAUUCUCCAAUCUAUAUGGAAGUAACGAUGAAACAGAUUCAAUAGUUUAUAAGACAAAUGGUACUUCGAGCCACAGAAGUAGUUUCACUACGGACAGAGAGCGAUUACAGAUGUUGGCACCGGUUCCUUCAAUAUCGAUCCCUUCACAGCUCGAGUAUUGUCCUACAACUACAAGUAAUGUAGAGGAUUUCGAUUAUAAGACAUACUUACCAUACUACUUGCCGUGCCUUUCAUGGAUCCCUCAAUACUGUGCUGAGUAUUUUGUAGGUGACUUAAUUGGUGGACUUUCGUUAGUCUUCUUCCAGUUGCCAUUAUCACUUUCUUAUGCCUCUUCACUAGCACACGUCCCCAUCACCAGUGGACUUUAUUCAUUAGCCAUAUCGCCAAUUAUAUAUAUGGUAUUUGGAAGUGUACCGCAAAUGAUCGUAGGGCCUGAAGGAGCAAUUUCCCUUAUAGUAGGUCAGGCAGUGGAACCUAUUGUGCAUCAUGCAUCUAAGAAACAUCCUGUUAACCCAAUGGAAAUUGUAGUUGUGGUAACAUUUGUCCUGGGAGCGAGUCUUCUUGGAUUUGGUUUAGGAAGAUUUGGGUUUUUAGAUAAUGUUCUUUCUGCAUCACUCCUUAAAGGUUUCAUAUGUGGUGUUGGGGUUGUUAUGAUUAUCAAUUCAUUGGUGGUAAUGUUGGGACUUAGUAAACUCAUGGAAGAGGUUGCUAACAAUCCAAAUACUCCAGAUAUCCACUCGCCAUUCGACAAAUUCAAAUUUUUAUUGAACUAUUCACUGAAGUUACAUCCAUUAACAUUCGAAGUGUCACUAAUUGGAUUUAUUCUUAUUCUCAGUCUUAGAAUAUAUAAAAAAGUUGCUGAAAGGAAGAAAUUGAAGUACAGAAAUUAUAUCGUUUAUGUUCCUGAAAUUUUAAUAGUGGUUAUUUUGUCAACUUGGGUAGUGGCAAAUUGGUCUUUAGAUAAACAGGGAGUAGAAAUAAUUGGUAAAAUUGCCAAUGAUGGCACCCCAACUAAACUUAUUUACAAUCCCUUAAGUACCAAGUUAUGGCCAUUAUUUCGGAAAGUGACAACGCUGGGAUUUCUAUGUGCUAUGUUGGGAUUUUUCGAGUCUACAACAGCUUCAAAAUCGUUAGGGAGUACAUAUGACUUACCAAUAUCUUCUAAUAGGGAAUUAGUUGCACUUGGAUUCAUUAAUUUAGUUGGGAGUCUAUUUGGAGCAUUACCCGCGUUUGGUGGAUAUGGAAGAUCAAAAAUCAAUGCAAGGCUGGCCAGGACGACAAUGCUGGGAGCUAUAAUGGCAAUUUGUACCAUCUUCACAAUCGUGUUUUUAAUGGAUUACUUGCAUUUCAUUCCCAAAUGUACAUUGAACGUUGUUACAUGUGUUAUUGGAAUUCUGUUAAUCGAAGAAGCACCUAUGGAGAUUUGGUUCCAUUGGCAGCUGAAGGGAUACAAUGAACUACUUACUUUUGGAGUUACCGUAACGACAACACUAUUCUUUCUGAUGGAAGCAGGUAUCGCAGUAGGAUUGAUUUAUCUGUUGAUUAGAGUAAUUAAACAUUCUACAUCUUCAAGAAUUCAAAUCUUGGGAAGAGUUCCAGGAACAAAUACGUUCUUAAAUGCAGAUGAGCCAAUUUCCGAACAACUUGCCAAUAUGUCAAAUGAUGUGGAAAUUACACCUCAUGCCACAAAUAUGGCCCCAGUAGAGCUGAUUCAGCGAGCUGAUGAACAUUCGCUGUUGUUCAGGCUGGCCCAUCGUUUUUCUUCCAAUCAACUUUCAUAUUUUGAUGAUGAUCAUUUGACUUCGUUGAAUUAUAGAGCUCUUGAAGAAAUUGAAGGUUGCCUCAUAGUGAAAAUCCCAGAACCACUAACGUUUACGAAUACAAGUGAUCUUAAAAAUCGGCUUAAGCGUGUUGAAAUGUACGGUUCUACAAAAGCACACCCGGCACAAAAGAGGGUAAGGGAUGCUAAGAUGACCAAGUACAUCAUUUUCGACUUGAACGGAAUGACAGAAAUUGAUUCAUCCGCAGCUCAAAUUUUGAAGGAAAUAUUGACUAAUUAUGAAGAUCGUAAAAUAUAUUCAUUUUUUAUUAGAGUUAACAAAACAAUUCGCCUUAGAGAAAGAUUGAAGAACUGUGGAAUUCACCAAUUACUUUUGAAAGACUUAAUCGACUUGAACUAUUUUGAUCAUCAAAAUAACUCGUCAUCUUACAACAAUGCAGCUGCAGAUGGCAUUGAACCUACAAUUUCCGCAUCCCAACAGAAGGUCUCUGGUUCUUUGGCUAAUCUUACCGAAACCAUAACUUCACCUUACUUUGACCACAUUAGCGACGCCUUAAAGGUGAUCGAUCUAUUUGAAAAUUCUGGUGAUGCAGUAUAUCGAGAAGUAUAA